AUGGCAUUGAAUUUACCAAGUUGUCAGGCCAUAAACCCAUUUACAUUAAAUCUAUGCUCUUUCAAUGAUACUACAAGUGCAUUUCGUGGGUUGCAUUAUAAUGAGGGCACAUGUGCUAUUUUUGGGUCCUUUCCUGAUACAGGAAUGGUGGCGAGACAGUCGGAGGCUGUGGAAUCCUGCAACUUAGGAAUAUACUCAUCUGCAUCCAUGCAAUCAGUCUAUGAUCCAAGAGAUUUACAGUUGUUAAGGGAUUGCAACCAACGAAUGGGUGGGUGCAGCACGUGCACGACUCCAUUAAAAGUGGCUGCUAAUGAUUUUUCAACAUCAAGGGAAUCAGGUUUAAAGGUUCCCAAGUUAACAUUAGAGGAGAGGAAGAAGAAGAUAAGUAGGUACAAGGAGAAGAGAAAUACAAGAAAUUUUAGAAAAAAGAUCACGUAUGAUUGUAGGAAGAAACAAGCUGAUAGCAGACAUAGAGUUCGAGGUAGGUUUGCGAAGAAUGAAGAAGUUCCUCAAGUGGCGUUGAGUCCACCCGGAUCUAUCGAUCAUUAA